AGAGGAGUACGGACGAUGUACCGUCGCCGCUCCCAAUGCUGCCCAGGCUACUUUGAGAGCGGAGAUUUGUGUGUCCCUCUGUGUACUGAAGAAUGUGCCCAUGGCCGCUGUGUGUCCCCUGAUACGUGUCAGUGUGAGCCAGGCUGGGGAGGACUGGACUGCUCCAGUGGCUGUGAGAGUGGCUACUGGGGACCUCACUGCAGUAACCGCUGCCAGUGUCAGAACGGAGCCCUGUGUAACCCUAUCACUGGGGCCUGUGUCUGCACGGACGGUUACCAGGGCUGGCGAUGUGAGGACCCCUGUGAGCCUGGCUAUUAUGGCAAAGGUUGCCAGCUGCAGUGCCAAUGUCUUAACGGUGCCACCUGUCACCAUGAGACAGGCGAGUGCAUCUGUGCCCCUGGGUAUAUGGGUGCUGUCUGUGGAGUGCGAUGUCCCUCUGGCAGUCAUGGGACCCAGUGUGAGCAGCGGUGCCCCUGCCAGAAUGGUGGAACCUGCCACCACAUCACUGGAGAAUGCGCAUGUCCAGCUGGCUGGACCGGGUCUGUGUGUGCCCAGCCAUGCCAAUUAGGCAAAUAUGGCAUCAACUGCAGCCAGGACUGCUCGUGCCGUAAUGGGGGAUUAUGUGACCACAUCACUGGACAAUGUCAAUGUAUGGCAGGUUACACUGGCCGCAGGUGCCAGGAGGAGUGCCCUGUCGGUACAUACGGCCAGCAGUGUGCCCUCCAUUGCGACUGUCAGAACGGAGCCAAGUGUUACCACAUCAACGGUGCCUGUCUGUGUGACACAGGCUUUAAAGGACCUCACUGCCAGGAGAGAUUCUGCCCCCCAGGGUUGUAUGGGCUUAUAUGUGACAAAUACUGCCCCUGUAAUACUACAAAUACUUUGAGUUGUCAUCCUCUGUCAGGGGAAUGUUCCUGUACAGCAGGGUGGACUGGUCUAUACUGCAACGAGAUGUGUCCUCCAGGCCAUUACGGUGAGGGCUGCAGCCUGAAGUGCCAAUGUGCUAAUGGAGCAGACUGCCAUGGGGUCACUGGGGCCUGCAUCUGUGCUCCUGGUUUUACUGGAGAUGACUGCUCCCAGACAUGUCCUUCUGGAUUUUAUGGAAUUAACUGCUCAUCUGCCUGUCACUGCCAUAAUCAAGCCUCCUGUUCUCCCAUUGAUGGCUCCUGUAUUUGCAAAGAAGGUUGGCAGGGUGUGGACUGCUCCAUCUUGUGCUCUAGUGGAACAUGGGGUCUUGGCUGUAACCAGACCUGUAUGUGCUUAAACAGGGCCGCUUGUGACCCCAUCGAUGGCUCUUGCUCUUGCGCGCCAGGCUGGAGGGGAAAACACUGUCAGCUGGCUUGCCCUGAUGGCACCUAUGGAUUGGAGUGUCGAGAGCACUGUGACUGUAAUCAUGCCAGCGGAUGUGAUCCCAUCAGUGGCUCCUGCCUCUGUUUGGCAGGAUGGACUGGUAUCCACUGCGACAAUGUCUGCCCUCAGGGCUUCUGGGGGCCAAACUGCUCCAUGACCUGCUCAUGCCAGAAUGGAGGCUCGUGCUCCCCUGAGGAUGGCACCUGUGUGUGUGCUCCAGGCUACCGGGGCACAUCCUGCAAAAGAUCCUGUUCUCCUGGGUUCUAUGGGCAUCGCUGCAGUCAGAUAUGCCCCCAGUGUGUGCACAGCACUGGCCCAUGCCAUCAUAUUACAGGCCAGUGUGAAUGCCUGUCUGGAUUUUUUGGCCCGCUGUGCAAUGAAGUGUGUCCCAGUGGCAGGUAUGGGAAAGCUUGUGCUGAAGUGUGCCUCUGUAUGAACAAUGGCACGUGCAACCCUAUUGAUGGCUCCUGCCAAUGCCUCCCCGGCUGGAUUGGAGAUGACUGCUCACAGGCAUGUCCUAUAGGGCAGUGGGGGCCUGACUGCCUCAACUCAUGCAACUGUCACAACGGAGCCCAGUGUAGUGCCUAUGAUGGGGAGUGCAGGUGCAGCCCUGGCUGGACAGGCCUUUACUGCACACAGCGCUGCCCAUCGGGUUUCUUUGGGCGUGACUGUGCUGAGGUGUGCCGCUGUCAGAACGGAGCAGAUUGUGAGCACAUCUCAGGCCAGUGUACCUGUCGCACAGGCUUCAUUGGUGGCAGCUGCGAACAAAAGUGUCCUCCUGGGACUUUUGGCUAUGGUUGUCAGCAGCUGUGUGAGUGCAUGAACAAUGCCACCUGUGACUACGUGACUGGAACCUGUUACUGCAGUCCUGGAUACAAAGGAAUUCGCUGUGACCAAGCGGCCCUGAUGAUGGAGGAGCUGAACCCCUACACUAAGAUCAGUCCAGCCCUGAGCUCUGAGCGCCAGUCAGCUGGUGCCGUCAUGGGCAUCAUCUUCCUACUCCUCAUCAUCAUGGCCAUGCUUAGCCUCUUUGUGUGGUACAGACAGAGGCAGAGGGAGAAGGGUCAGGACAUGCCGAGUGUGUCUUACACACCAGCCCUUCACAUCGCCAACACUGACUACUCACUUUCUGACACGUCUCAGAGCAGCAGUGGCCAGUGUUUCUCCAACCCCAGCUACCACACUGUUGCUCAGUGCAACAUUCCCUCCUCCAACACUAACAAUCUGGAUGGCACUCUAACUCUGAAGAAAGGAGAUAGGAGCAACUCAGAAUGGAGAGCGUACUGCAAUUUGAAUGACCUUGGUGUGUCACGAGAGGAUACACUGAUACUGCAAGACAACAAGACCAUUCAAGUUGCUAAAGAUUACAUCAAGCCAUCCAUGUGCAGCUCUAGUUCAUGCUCUUUGAACAGUGAGAAUCCAUAUGCCACGAUACGGGACCCACCAGGUCUGACCUGCAAGCACACAGAGAGCAGCUAUGUGGAGAUGAAGUCUCCUGCACACAGAGACCUGGUCUUCUGCACCAGCACUAACACCCGCACCUCUGCAAGCAGGAACAUCUAUGACAUGGAACCCACAGUGAGUGUCCUACAGGGACCCAAUGGCCUGGCAACUGGUUUCUCCCAGAACCCUUACGACCUUCCUCGGAACAGCCACAUCCCAAGCCACUACGACAUCCUGCCCAUGCGCCACAGCCCCACACACACACCGCCACCUCCUGAGAGCCCCCCCAGCUCCCUGCUGUAGAGCCCAGACCUGAGCCUACCUCUACACUACAGCAAGCACCACCUGUUUCUGCAGGACCUUCUCCUGUCUGUCUUUUUAUCUUAUCACAUCUUUUAUUCUCUUUCCCACAUACACACACAGAUGCAUGACAAGAUGGCUAUAUAUGCUGUAAAAUAGAGUUUUGUUGGAUUGCUGUGUGUCUACGUGUGUGUGUGUGUGUGCGUGGGACGACAGAUUGCUAAGAAAGAAUUGUACAGAGAACUGUAGAUAUAAACAACUUCUCUCUUAUCUUCAUUCGGUUCCCUGGAAGGUGAAAGAAUUUCAUUAAGAAGGCUAGACUGGAGACUAAGAAGAGGAAAAAAAACAAACAAAUCCUGUAUCUGUGUAAACUGCAGCAGACUAUCAAGGCACUCGUGUUGAGUUUCCAUACAAACAAGCGAUCUCUACUUGGAGGAGGAACGUAGCCUCAGUGAUUCACGAAUCAGUAGCUUUGGCAAGGGGAAAAGUUGACCCAGUCACCCGUCCCCUAAAGCAAUUCGGGACUGACCCUGGCCAUCUAAUCAGAGCCAAUGGAUACAGUCAACUCCAGGCGAAGUAGCACUGCUAACCUUGUCUAUUUAAAGAGGACUGAAAAGACCUUAGUAUGAAAGCAUGGCUUAAUAGUAAAUGGUUAAAUAGUAAGACCAUGUAGUUUUACUGUGUAAAGAUAAUUACCAAAAUGAGUUUUUGAGAACCUUCUUUUAUUUUUUUCCUUCAUAACACUGAGUAUAUUUCAUAAAGUAUUUUAAAAUUUGCUGAGGUAGUGCACAGCUCUUUAUAAAAGAUUUACCAAGAAAGACAGCAGCUUAAUAUACACUGUACAAUGUCCUUAAAUCUACUAAGUCUAUCUUAAACUGCUGUUUCAUCCAAAAACAUUUAUGGAUGGUUAUAUAUCAAGUUCACAGGUGUGAUGUCAGUGUGUAUUCAAGACCAUAUACUAUAAUGCUACUAUUUUGUUUUAUUUUUGUAAAUAUAUAUUCAUGUUUAUAUUCUUAAAAUGCCAGC